CCGAGAGCGGGGCUGUUAGAGCAACGCAAGCAAGUUCCACGUACCAAUAUAUGGUUGUUCAAGGGGUGCUAUAUCAAGCCGUACUGAGGCCGAUAAUCAUAACAACAUCCAACAUCCAACAUCCAACAUCCAAUAUUCAAGUCGGAAGAUAUCUUCCCGCUCUCGAGUCUCUGCAGUACCUUCUUGGGCCAGCAUUUUUUUUUCUCACCGAAACACACGCAAAUACGAUGCCUAAACACGUAGUCUUCGACGUAGUGGGCACCUGCGUCUCCUACUCUGCCUUCUUCUCUCGCAUCUCCUCUGUCCUCGGCCCCCGCCUCCUAGCCAACAACAUAACACCCAAACUCUUCGGCUUCGCCUGGAUGGAAUCCUCAGAACGAGAAUUCACAUAUCUCUCAAUCUCUUCGCGCUAUACACCCUACAAGCAAGUCUUCGCUGCAAUGUUCUACCGCAUCUUGUGGAUGAGCGGGAUUGAGAACCCCCGCGAGUUUGCUACUGAUGCGGAGAGAGAUGAGAUUGUGUCUAGCUACUCAGAGUUGGAGCUGAGGGAAGGUGUACAGGAGACGUUCGGCAUGUUGAGGGAUGCAGGGUUCACAGUGUGGUGUUUGACGACUGGUGAUGUAGAGAGGGUGCGAGGCUAUUUCAUGAAAGCGAAUAUGGAUAUGCCGUUGGAGAACUUCAGGUCGUGUGAUGGUAUGGGAGUUGCGAAGCCGGCUUUGGCGGCCUAUAAACCCUUAUUUGAGAGCUUUGGUGAGGAAGAGGAGAAGUGGUUUGCGGCUGCGCACAUUCUGCAUAGAUUCAAAGGUGCUUAUUGCUCGGUGUAUGAGAAGGAAGAUUGCAGGGAGUUGUUUGGAGUGGAUAUGGAUGUCAUGGCUGACACUUUGCCGGCCAUGGCCAAGAAGAUUAUCGAAGCCUCGAAGUGACGACACCGAGAAUGUUUCACAUCCCCUGUACACUAUUCUACUGAACGCGAGGCAGUAUGAGAUCUUGUGGACACCUUCAUUGUAUGUCUGUGUUCCAAUCAUGCUUUUGAUUUUCAAAUACUUGAUACUGGGCGCUCAGCGCGGGCA